AUGCCUCCAGAGCAGACAGUAGAGGAUGCCUAUAAGGUCUCAGGUGCUACAGAGAACACUUCAGGCACAUCUACUGUUGAUGGAGUGGACAGAUCAACAGCUAAAUGCCCUGUCCCAAUGCUGCCUCCAAGUCUGCCACCUGUCUUUGGCAUUGACUACAAACUGCCAGAGGAGGCAGUAGAGGCAACCAACAAGUGUCCAGUCGCCAGUGAAUCUGCCGCUUCCGUGUCCGCUGUCCUCCAAGAGGAGCUUCCUGCACCCGCAGCACUGCCUCUAAGGCUGCCCUGCACCCACAGCAUUGACCACAAACAGCUAUGGGAGAAAGUUGAGGACAACACAGAGUUCUCAGUAGACAAAGAAGCAACUGUUGCCAUUUACACUUGGGAAGAUAAAAGUCCUUCAGUUCUGCCAUGCAUCCACAACAACAACGACCACCAACUACCAGAGGAGACAGUUGAGGACAACACAGAGUGCUCAGUUGACACAGAGGCAAGUGCAGUUGCAUCCACUGUCAAGAGAGAGGAACUGAUAGGUGAGAAAAGCCCUGUCCGAGCAAUUCCUCCAAUCCUGGGAUGCAUCCAUAACAAGGACCACAAGGAGCCAGAGCAGAAAGUGAAGGGCCCUAGUGAAGAGGUGGAUCUCUGCCCUCACGCUCACCAGCUGGACCCAGAUGUUAACUUAACUCUGGCAACCCGCAAUGAUGAACCCAGGACCUGGACCCUGGAAGAGGCAAAGGAUUAUUGGAUAGGCCUUGAAAUUGAGAGUGAAGAGAGGAGCGUCAAGGAGGAGGUGAGACAGAGGGAGGGAUUGAAGCGUGAGGCGGACUGUGCCCAUUCCAAGAGCUCCAAUGGGAUGGUUUCAUCAGAGAGAGCAGAGACCAUCCUUGGAAGAGUGGGUUUUCUGGUCAUGAACCACAUGCAGAAAAUCCCAUUUUUGAAGAUGAAGGAAAAAGAGAAAAAUAAGAAUCUGCAUAAGAAGUUGAAAGAUGACGAGAAAGAGAGAAAGGAGAAGAAAAACAAGGAGGAGGAGAACAAAAAGAGGGAGAAGAAAGAGAUGAAUGAGAGAGAGAAAGAGCAGAAGAAAGUCAUGAAGGCUGAGAAAAAGAGGGAGAAGUUGGAACAGAAAAAGAGAGAGAAGGAAAGAAAAGAGAAGGAAAAGGCAGAGAAAAAGAGGUUAGAGGGGCUGAUGAAGAUACACAAUGACAUGAUGAAAGACAGGAUUAAGAAAGAGAAGAAGUGUUCUGAGGAGCUGAAAAAGAGAGAGAAAGCUCAAGCUGAGUUCUUGGAGAUGGAGAGAAAGAUUCAAGAAAAGGAGGAGAAGAAGAGAGAAAAGAGGAGGAAAGAGGAGAGGAAGAGACUAGAGAAGAAGAAAAAGAGGAGCCAGCUGGAGGUGGAACUGAGAGGGCGAUAGAAGAGCAGGGAAAGGAUGAAAGCUUGAAGAUGGAUGAGUAGACUAGGUAUUAGAGAGAGAGAGAGCAGGGCGGGAUACUGUAUUUUUGCAUGCAAUGAAAAAUGCAAUAAAAAAAAUCUUUAAAAAGGUUUACUCUCUGUUUGAUUUUUGUCAAGGCAUACUGUAUAACACAGUAUAAACACACAAUGUUUACAUUUCACAAAUCUGGGGAGUGUUGCACUGUUAAAAUGUUGAAUUCCAAAUCUACCCGAUGGAGCGGAGCUGUGCUGAGAUGAGGAGGACGGAAAGGGAGGGGGAGUAGAUGGAGGGUAGAGCGGAGUUUGUUAGAGAGGAAAUUGAUAGAGAUGAAUACGACAGAGAUGAAUAUGAUAGAGGGGAAUAUAAUAGAGAGGAAUAUGAGAGAGAGGUAUAUGAUAGAGGGGAAUACGAUAGAGAGGAAUAUGAUAGAAGGGAAUAUUAUAUUUUAUUUAUUUUAUUUCAUUCAACAUUUAUUUAACUCGGCAAUUCAGACACUGAAUAGGACAAAACACACAUCACAACAAGAGUGACAACACAACACUACAUAAUGAUAGACCCAACACGACAACAUAGCACGGCAGCAACACAUGACAACACAACAUGGUUGCAACGGAAACCUGACAACAACAUGGAGGCAAUACAACAUGUUAGCAGAACAAAACAGGGCACAAACAUUGUAAGGCACAGCAAACAGCAAAAAACACAAGAAGGUAGGGACAACAAUACAUCACUCAAAGCAGCCAUAGAGGGAAUAUGAUAGAGGCACAUGAUAGAGGGGAAUAUGACUAAGGGAGUAUGAAAUAGAGGAAUAUGAUAGAUGGAUACAAUAGAGAGAUAUUUGACAGAGGAAUAUGAUAUAGAGGAUUGUAAUAAGAUAGAGGGAAUAUGAUAGAGGGGAAAAUUAGUCAUACGAUAGAGUCAUACGAUAGAGGGAGUAUGAUAGAGUGGAAUAUG